AUGGCUGAUUCUUCUUCUGCUUCUUACAUUCACAUGGUGCAGCAUAUGAUAGAAAAAUGUUUGAUCUUCCACAUGAGCAAGGAAGAGUGUGUAGAAGCUCUCUCUAAGCAUGCAAACAUCACUCCUGUCAUCACCUCUACUGUGUGGAAGGAGCUGGAGAAAGAGAACAAGGAAUUCUUCAAGGCGUAUGAGGAGAGGCAAAGCAAACAAGAGCAAAUGUCGGAGGAAGAGACAAACCAGAUGAUCCAGAAGAUAAUCUCGGAUUCAUCUAAAGAAUCGGACGACUGA